UUUGAGGGGGUGGUAAUAGUAGUUUUAAGGGCAAUAAUCACAUAAAUAAGAACUAUUUGGACUUGAACUGAAAUAGCUAGCCCAAUAAUACAAGCCCAUCUAUCAGUUUUUUGGUCCAAACACUGUUUAACCAAACCCGCCAAAAAAACUAUAGAAACCCUAUGAAAUAAUUUCUAAAUCGCAAACCAAAAUAAAGUUGCCGCGAAAUUUCUUACCGGCGAUGAACAUUGAUCACCGGAAUCUUCUUCUAUGAAACUAAACCUAUUCAAUCUUCAUUCUUUCUUCUUCACAAAACCGAUUCAAACUUCAUCGAGAAAUUCGUUUUCAUUGCAGAAAUGUUUCCCCUUUUGCACAACCAAUCACCCGAGAAAUUUCUUCAACGACGUCGUUCCUGGAACCAGCGCCGUUUAUAGCCACGCUCUCAAAUUUCAGCGUCCGGUAACUAUUAAAUGGAAACCACACCUAGAAAAUAACGCUAGCUUCAUCGGUACCGUCUCCGGUGAACUGAAGCGCAUGAACUCAAAAUUCGGUGAUUUUGGAGUUUACACUAAGCUCCGUGUUCGAAAUUCUAAUCAACCUAAUAGUUCCUCUUUUUGGGUGCUUCUUAAUAUGUGGGAUAAUGUGGCUGAAAUUGCUUAUGAACACUUGAAACCAAAUCAUUUUAUUUGUGUUUCAGGUCGUUUAGAGUCUUUCACUCGAGCUGAUGAUGAUGACAGUGGAAAUCUCCGAUUGGAUUAUAAGCUGAAUGUAAAGCAGUUAAAUUUUGUUGCUCAAAAGCUGGGCUAUGAAGAGCACGAGAAAGAAAAAAAGAUUCAAGUUGGUGAACAAAGUGGUGGGAAUUGGCUUAGUCCAAUUGAUCGGCUUCACCUAUGGCAAGUGUUUUUUGCCAAUCCAAAUGAGUGGUGGGAUCAAAGAAAGGGCAAGAAAAAUCCAAAGCAACCUGAUUUUAAGCACAAGGAUACAGGGGAAGCUCUAUGGUUGAAAAAAGAUGAUCCACCAUGGGUUACACGACAGCUCGAAUUACUUGACUCAAAUAUCGCAGAAGGCAGAUUUGCAGGUCGUCGAUCUCGAGUCACCGCCUGGGUUUAUGACGAGUAGUUGAAAGUAUUUAAAAACAAUGAUUGAUGUAAUUAACAAUGUAAUGAACUUAAAACAGUAAAUUUUGCCUAUAUUUUUCACCAAGGGAGUAUAUAAAACAAUUGCAAAUUUUGGUGUGGCUAUAGCCACACUAUGCCACAACAUGAGUCCCCAUGGAGGGCAUUGUGACAUCAACAAGUGUGGUAUAAUCUUUUCUCCCUUCAAAUUUUUCUUGAAAAAUCAAAUACCAAUAUUUUCCCUUCAAUGUUUCA